CUUGCAAAGCAGUGGAAGCAUCUGGAGAUGGAUGGACGAGAUACAGUGUUCUGACCAGCACCAGAAUGACAAGAAUCACCUCAGUAACCCUGAAGAGGAACCACUGAACUGCGAUCCUGUACCCAUAGCACAUUUUAAUUAAUGUCUUGUGUGUACCUGUGUGUGAGUAUAGUCCAGCUGCGUCCAGAUAUCACUUAGUAAAUACACUCAUCCAGUGUCCAACUGUAUCUCCACUGAUACUCAUUUGGUGUUUCCUCACGCUAUCACAUCUAAGAAAACAUUUACGUUCACCUGAUCAACUUGAAAGAUGACAGACACCCUUCAAACAACAAUGCGUCAUCUUCACUAACAUCAAGCAAAUCUGGUUACUUCCUCCUCUCUCUCGAUGGCGAUGUGUCAUUUGAAUCUGAGACGGGCUUGUGAGCUACUUAUUAUCUCUGCCUUCUGUGUUGGUCAGAGUCAGUCCUUCUAUCCGCCUGUGAAUGGAUCCCUGGGCCAGUCGGUCUCCCUAUCUGUAGAGGUGCCAAACAAUACGACGGUUUCUGAGGUUAGCUGGACACAAUCUUCAACCAAAACCAAAAUUGUUGGAUUGGCAAGAGGCAGCAUUGAAUAUUUUGGCAGUGAAGAGUACAAGAAACGGAUAUAUUUUCAUCCUGGGAACUUCAGUCUCCAAAUCAGUGACUUACGGAGAGAGGAUACUGGGCAAUAUGAGGUAACUGUAACUGUAACUUCAGGAAAACAAAAAAUUGAGACAGUUCAACUGGAUGUUUACGAGGCUGUGACAGGAACAAACGUCAACAUUGGAAACAUUACUAACUGCAAUGUGACGCUGAGGUGCUCCGUGAACGCAGGCAGUAACGUCAGCUUCACCUGGUGGAGGGGACAGGAAGCAUUGGGAAAUGAGCUCACCCAUCGUGUCUUUGAAAAUGGAGAGAGUUCGCAGCUUUUGUUCACAGCAGAGCCCAAUGAGAGAGCUGUGAGAUGUGAGGCCAGCAAUCCAGUCAGUCACAAAACGGCAGAGAUCAAACUGGAAGAUGUCUGUAAGGGAAGUGUAUCUGACUUUUCAACGUACUUACCUUAUGUUGCACCUAUUGUGGUUAUACUAUUUCUCUGUCUUGUAUGCUAUGUUCUGAAGAGACAAGUUCCUUUGUGGAAAACAUCUUUGCAUGACGAAGGCAAGUUUUGAAACCAAGUUUCCAUGGCAUGAGGGCUUCUGAUGUUGGGUUGAGUGAGAAUUCGGCAGUAUCAAUUCUGGGAAAGCAGGAAUGAGGAGAAGGGGUCAUUGAGGUUUGGGCAGGAAUGAUGGCAAUUUGAACCAAAGGGUUCACUCUGCAGGGGAACUGAGAUCCAUUCACAGGCACACACGCAGACAGACAGGCCCUGAAAGACCCCAUGCUCCAGUAGCGUCUGUCCCUCCCACCAGGCUGGAACCGAAGUAGGUACGAUACCAGACAAGGGUAGCGGCCUGUACUGGCCACAGGAACUUUACACAGAUUAGAUAAGGAGUGGGUGGAGGUGAAUAGAGUUGAAGUUCACCCAGGUUCAUAAUUCUCAUCACUCUCCUGGCGAAUCAAGUUAUAUUCUGAAUAGAGAGGUAAGAAAGUGAAGACACCUGUAGUGGAAUGGCAAACCUACAGAUGGCAGUGAGUAAAUUGAGUGCAAAGCAGAGCAAACUGACUCGACUGGAACUGAGUGCAGGUGGAGAGUUGGCGGGGGUGAUCGGAGGAGCGACAGGCUGUGAGCAAGUGCCCCGAAUGGUGCGGCUCCAUCAGUAAAUGCCAUGUCAUUCACUGGUGUCUAUUUUUCCAUUUCAAAGGUUCAAAAAACCAGCAAAAAAUGCAGCAUGUUACGGAUAACCCAUCAACUGUUUACUCUCAAGUGCAACCGAUAUCUAGAAAACAUGAAGCAAAAUGCCCUCCUCCAGAAGGAAAUGAAAUGAGUGUAAUACACAAUGACACUUGUGAGUUACCGACCACAGUGUAUGAUACCAUCAAGCCGCCUGGAAACUAGAGCCUACAUCACAGGAUUCAAUUCAGGAUAAUCUCAGAUCCCUGCCUGUUCUGUACUGUGAGGCCAACCCAGCCUGGGUGAACAAGGACGGAGGACAAGAUUAGUCCUUAGCCACAGAACAAAGAAAAUAUCACUCUACCCAUCUCGCCUGUGCUAGGUUUUAUUAGGUACCUUUGCUGAGUAUUUUACAUUUCUUUCUAACUUUCUUUCUGUAAUUAUCUCGAUCUGUGUUCAGAAAAGUCAAAUGAAUCUGAAAAUGCGGCCAUUGAAUAUACUUAGAUCAGACAGAAAGAGAGAAAUUUAUUGCUUUAUUUUUAUGUUUACUUUUUAACAAAGAGCAAAGAUGCAGGAGGAGGCUAUUCAGCUCCUGGAGCUUGAACUGCAAACAAUAAGGAUCAAGGCUGACAAAAACAGAAGUUGUUAGAAAAGCUCAGUCCGGUGACCCUUCCUCAGAACCAUUAACUCUGUUUUCUCCUCCACAGAUGCUGCUAGACCUGCUGAGCUUUUCCAGCAACUUUGCUUUUGUUCCUCAUUUACAACAUCUGCAGUUCUUUUGGUUUUUAAGGAUCAAGGCUGAUCUUUUACCAAAAAUCCAAAGUCCACCCCCCACCCCGCCAUAGUUUUUAUAUCUCUCAGGGAACAAAAGACCUCUCAGUCUGAUGCUUACAGUUAUUCAAGGAAGGAACGUUUGUCUGAAGAUAUCAUUCAUGAUAUUUGAUGACGAAUGGAAAAUUCCCCAACAUGAUCCUGAUAGCUGUGUGUGUUUACCAAUCUGAUAUGACAAAGCACACAAUCCUGCAAGGAUUGAACAAUGUGAAUUUGCUUUAACACGGUGCCACACAGAAUAUUAGCUGCUUUUCAUGACCAAUCAGGGCAGAUAAUCACUUCUACAACAAAAUGUGAGGCUGGAUGAA